AUGGCAACAGAAGACAGAGAAGUGAUGGAAACCCGGGGGGCAGGAGAAAGUUGCCCCACCUUCUCCAAGUUGGUGCCUAGUGACUCCACAUCUGAAGGCAAGCCAAGGGCUUCAUUGUCCCAGGAGGCAGAGUCCCCCAAGCCAGACUCCUAUGACUACUUGGAGGAGAUGGAAACCGAUGAGGACAGAAACUGCCCAGGGCCCCCGAAGUCAAUGACCCCAAACGCUGGACCUGCCACCAAGGGCCAGGCGGGUGAUGGACCAGAACCCACGGAGCUGCCUCAGGCCUCGGGAAUGGAGCGCAAGGCCAUGGAGCUGGAGAAGGUGCGCAUGGAGUUCGAGCUCACGCGGCUCAAGUACCUGCAUGAGGAGAACGAGAGGCAGCGGCAGCAUGAGGAGGCAAUGGAGCAGCUGCAGCAGCAGGCCACACCCCGCCCGUUCUCGGGAGGCCUCCAGGACCUCCUGCUCCCCCAGAACCAGUUUGCCAUGUUCCUGUACUGCUUCAUCUUUAUACACAUAAUCUAUGUCACCAAGGAGAUGGUCUUCUUUCUCUUCUCCAAGCACUACCUGUUCUGCAUCGCGGCCAUUUUGCUGUGUUUGAUUAAAACUUUGUGGUCCUACUUCCAAGUGCCUUUGCUCUCUCCAUCACUGGGGGCCCCCAUGCUUGAGCGUCAUUAG